AUGGCGGACGAAGUUGCCUCGAUUGCCUCGUGGAACAUUCGUGCCAAAAAUAACGAAUUUACCAUCAAAACUGCCGUCUUUAAAAGCGAGAACAUCAACCCAGAAAUUACAGAUGAAGUGAAGAAGAAGCUUUCAUCAAUGAGCCGUUAUGCUGCCAAGAAUCUACUGUGGUCUGAGAUGAACACAAUGAAAUCUGUCAUCUACAAACAACACAACCAACAUCGGAAAGAAAAAUACUUUCAAGGAAUGAAAAGAAUUCAAAAACAUCUUGCAAGACUCAGAGAAAUGAAUCUGGAAGCCUUAUUAUCCUCUUUUAUAGAUAACAUGCCAAAAAAAGAUUCAGCAACAAACAGCUACCCCUGUGUACAAGCUAUAGAAUAUGCGUUGUUCAACUUAAUGGGAGCAGCCAAGCUUAUCACCCAAGCUAUUGGUCACUGCAAGUCAACAAUAAACUACGUUGGUCAUCAGUUAUCCAAGGGAUUUUUUAUUACUUUUCAUAUUGUGAUUGCAGCUUCAUUAUCUAGAAUUUGGGUUCUCUUAAAGGAUUUUGUACAUAACAUCCUGGAGUGCUACCAAAAACUCCACCCAUUGCUGAUCCACCUACAAGAAACAUCUCAGGAAGACUUGAAGCCUGAACUUCCUACUUGUCUCAAAACAUGGAUCCUCAACAUUGAGCUUGAUAAGACAUUAACUGAAACACAGAAGAGUGAACCAGAGCUUGUCACAGCACAGACCUCAGUUGUCCUGGAAAAACUGUUCUCAUUUACACCAGCAAGUGUGGAAAAACUGGUUGCAGCAAGUUUAUCAGAUGUUAGUUACACAGAUGUUGCCCAACCAUGUGAUGACAUUGGAGAAAGUUUUGAUUCAAGUUUGAAUUCCACUGGAAGCCUGCUUGAUGCUUCUCAGCCUGUAUCACGUGAACUGUUCAAAGAUGUUUCCUACAACACAAGUAUGACUAUAUCAGAAAGAUGUGGUACAAAACAUAAACUGGAACCAGACAUUGAAUUACAACAUCUUAAACGGUUGCACUUGGAUCAAGAUGCAAAUUAUAUUCCUAAAGGUACAAGAACAUUGGAAGAAAUGAAUAGCAACAACCUGAUGAAAGAAAGGAGUUAUAGAAUGAUUCACUGUCCAAAUUUAAAGUUAAAACACUCAACACGUUGUGGAACUUUUAAAAUUCCUUGCAUGGGGACAAAAAGAGUGCUACGUAAUGUGAGACUUUUUGAGUCCAAGGAAAAGGGAAGAAGAAAGCUGCAAGAUAAAGUUAUCAAACAACAACUUAAGAAAGGAAAGAAAAGUCAUUCCAGGACUUUAUUUAAAACAAAGAGAAUAAUUAUCAAUGCAAAUUGUAGGAAAAGCAAAAGAAUUUUGAAGAUGGAGAAAAAAUAUCAAAGUAGAUGGAAAAGAAAGAUAAGUUCAAUCGUUGGUCAAAGAAAACUCAAGAAAACUCAAAAAUUGUCUCCUCAAAGUAAUUUGACAAUUGAUGUUAAACAGAGCUUCAAUAUGGCUCCAAGUCUAAACUCCAGUUUUCCCAAUGUGCAGAACAUGCACCACAGGAAAGACAGUAAGGAACAAUGUUCUCUUCUUGAAAACCUUUCAUUAGCUUCUGGGAAGUAUUUUAGUGGUUUCAGUUCAUUGGACAAAUUGUCAGCUAAUGAGGAUUCAUUGUUAUCAAGGAGAAAAGAAAGUGGCAAACCUUCCAAGAGAAUUGUUAGAGAAAGCAAGAGAAUUAGUUUUGAAAAAAGAAAGCCGAAUUCAUCAUUGAAAGACAUGUCAAAUGGGAAUAUACUGUGCCAUGCCAAAGAUGAUUGUGUGGAUGACAUCUUUGAUAUAUUAGGUGUUUGAAGGAGCACUGUUCAUUGGAAGAGUUAACAAUUUUAUAUUUGAAGUCGUUGUGCCAAACCAAAGAUUAUGUGGAUGACAUCUUUGAUAUAUUAAGUGCUUGAAGGUGUAUUGUUCAUGGGAAGAGUUAACGAUUUCAUAAAGUGAAGAUGCACUUUUUUGAAGGAGCACUGUUCAUUGGAAGAGUUUACAAUUUUAUAAUGUGAAGUUGUCGUGGCAAACCAAAGAUUGUGUGGAUGACAUUUUUGAUAUAUUAGGAGUUUGAAGGUGCAUUGUUCAUGGGAAGAGUUAACUCUAACGAUUUCAAAAUGUGAAGACGUUGUGUCAAAACAAAGAUGAUUGUAUGGAUGACAUCUUUGAUGUUAUUAGGCAUUUAAAGGUGCACUGUUCAUUGGAAGAGAUAUCAAUUAAUGUGAAGGUGUUGCAUCAAGCAAAAGAGAAUUGUGUUGAUGACAUCUUCACUUAAAAGUGUUUGAAGGAAUCUGGUUAUUUUCAGCCAUAUUGGUGUACCAAACCAUAGAAACAUUCUGYGCAAGAUCUGCAUGAAAAUAAAGUUCAAUUCCUGGAGGAUAGAAAAUGUAUUGCUUUGGUACCCCAACAUGGCUACUGUGACGUCACGUCAAAACCCUAUUCCCUGCUGACCAGGUCUUUACUGUGUGAAUGGUUUGUUUGAUUGCUCCUUAUGAUAUUCAAUUGUGGUGUAGAGUGAAAACUUGCAGCAACGACAAGAGAGCUAGUAACAUUUGAACAUCAGUAAUGAGCUUUAUUCUAGUCUAAUAUUGUAUUUUUAUAAUUCCAUAUGUUAUAUAAUUUAAUUUUUGAUUUACAUUCAGAUUCAACUCUUUCAUUCUUAACUGCUAAUGAAACGGAAGUUAGUGUAAAAGGAAAUGAAUUAGAGGGAAACUGAAAAAUAGCUCUAAUUUUCUAUUUUGCACUUACGUUACAUAUUACAUGUAUGUAGUCCUUGAGCAUAUUAUUAAUUGGGUAUUCUUUCAGUAAAAUCACCUUUAGUUACAAAAGUAUGAUAAAAAUGAGUCAUAAGGACAGAAUGGCUAUUAUGAUCAAUCCACACAGUACGGUAAGGUGUCAACAGACCGCAUACAGUACCUUACCAACACCUUACUGUACUAUGUUGUGCAGCUGGAUCACAAUAGCCCACCAAUAAAACUAGCUCAAGAAAACCUAUUUAACUAUAUAAAUCUAUUUUACAUUUUUCCUUUGAUUUGUCUGUGUAGAGAUAAGGGGUGGAUGUUAGAAACUGUGUCUUUUCUUUUUUACAUUGUAUAAAGUGUUUUGAAAGCCCACAUAAAACCAUGCUAGGUAAAUUCACCUUGUCGGCACUAGCCGUCACAUGUCAAGAAGUUCGGACAUCGUUCUUGGAUUCCCAAACAGAUUCACUGAGUUUAAAAAGGAAAUUCAGGUCGAUUUCUUUAGUUAGCUCUCUAAACAGUGGCAAGAAAAGCUUCAAUCAAGUUAGAAAAAUGAUAUUUUGAUACUAGCAGUGGCUGUAAGACAAUGCAACACCAUUUUGACUACAUGAUGGCUAGCACCAAAAAGGUAGAUUGAAUGAGUUGUAUUGUUUUACUUGAAACUUGAUAAUUGGGUUGGUUGGGGAUAAUUUGGUAAUCUGAUAAGCAAAAAAGGUUUUACAUGUGCCAGCAACCAUGUUAAAUGUUAGAAGAGUAGAAUCCCUACUCUGGAAUUCAAUUCUUUCUAAUGUAAAACAAUACUGUAUCGUACAGCUUCUCAUUAAUCCCAUAUAGGUAACUGUCCAAUUAUUUUCUUAAUUGGACAGAUCUUGUUGAUAUGGGAUUAAUUAGGCAGCUAUAUAAUUAAUAGGUAAUGG